UCAACAUGGGUGGAUUGCAGUUGUUCUGGGCGUUUUGUUUUAUUCAUUAUAUUGAUGCUUUAUCGGUGCAUCACCCAAUGGUGGGUGUAGCGGGAGGCCACGAGAUUCCCAUAUCCGAUGCACCAUUUGUAGCGUCAAUCAUCAGAUAUAAAAACAAAACACAACCAAAGACGACGGUCAUGAUAUGCGGCGGCUCAGUUAUUCAUGAAAGGUUUAUUCUUACUGCGGCACAUUGUUUCCUAAUGUAUGAAAACUUGACAAGUGAAGUGAUCAGGGUGGGGUCAGCACAACUCGGCGUUGGUGGAACAACGUAUGAAGUAGAGAAAGUCAUAAUUCAUGAAAACUUCAACCCCAAUAAUAAUAUGUCCUUGGCUUUCUCACACGACAUUGCGUUAUUGAAGCUAAAGGAAAAUAUUGUCUACAAUGAAAAUGUAUCUAAAAUAGCCUUGGCUGAUAAAGACUUGGAGAUUGUACCAUACACACUGGCAAAUGUUACUGGAUGGGGUUUGACUUGGCAAUUCGGCAGUAUUUCAAAGAUACUACGGCAAGCAUCAGUAGAGAUAAAACCCAUAGAUGAAUGCAAGAUGUACCCAUGGGCCUGUAAAGAUGAGAUUUGUAUCAAAUCUUAUAACAAAGGUUCAUGUAAAGGCGAUAGCGGCGGUCCGUUGACAAUGCAUGGUGUGCAAGUGGGAAUCGUGUCCAAUGGAUUGGGAUGCGGCACCAUGCCUACCAUACAUACCAAAAUUUCCUUCCUACGACCCUGGAUCGAUGAAAAUAUAAGGAAAAACCUUCAAGAUCAUAAGCUCACAUGAAUUUUCUAAAACGUGAAAGCAAAAUAACUAUAGAUUGUAUUAGAUAUCGUUGAAUUAAAAUUGACGUAAUUUUGUGACCAUCAUUAAUUUUUAUGACUAAUAUAUUCAAGAAUAUUA